CUCACACACACACACACACACACACUGUGUAGAACCGGUCGGAAACUUCUUCUCAGGAGGUUUUGUUCUGUUGGAACUUUUGUCUUCAUGAUGUCGGAGGAAGAGAAAAGCGAAAAGAUUCCUGAGUCUGAAGGAAGAGAAGAAGAAAUGAAGAACAGAGGGAACCCGGAGAAAAGCACAGAGGAUCUGGACCUGGCUUCUAUCUACGUGUCGGACGCUCAGUACAACAGGAACAUCUGCGUGGACACGUCUCCUCGGGCUGUGAAACUCUAUAUUCUAUAUAACCACUGGUUUCUGAAGGUUCUGCUCUACUUCUUCAUCCUGCUGGAUCUGUCUCUGGCCGUCUUCGAGGAGCCGGCCGUCCUCCCUGUGCCUUCGUGGGCCACGAUGUCCGUGGAGCUGCUGUGUCUGCUGGUCUUCACCGCUCGACUGGUUCACUACGCCAAGGUCAUCCCCCGGGACAAGUUCUGGAAAGACGCCAAAAACAUCUGCAUCAUUGUCGUCCUCAUGCUGACGCUCGUGGAUAUGAUCAUCUACGGAGCGCUGAGAGCGGCCGACUGCUUCGCCCUCCGCUGGUCCAGAGUCCUGCGCCCGCUCCUAUUGGUCAACGUCACAGAGGGACGGCAGCUCCGCAGGGCGUUCAGGAGCAUCAGGAACGCUCUGCCUCAGAUCUUCUACGUCUUCCUGCUCUUCAUGUUCAGCGUCCUGAUGUUCUCCCUCAUGGCUCUGAAGCUUCUGGGUAAACGAGGUCUGAAGACCAUCGACGGAUCUCCGUACUUCACCAACUACCUGGAGAUCGUGUUCGACCUGUACGUGCUCGUCACCACGGCCAACAGCCCCGACAUCAUGAUGCCGGCGUACAACUCCAGCUUCGUCUUCGCCAUCUUCUUCAUCGUGUACAUCCUCAUCAACACCUACAUCUUCAUGUCCGUCUUCUUGGCCGUCGUCUACAACAACUACAAGAAAUACCUGAAGGAGGAGAUGCGGCAGCUGGUCAGGGCCAAAAGGCACAAGAUGGUGCGAGCGUUCGCCGUCCUGCAGGAGCCAAGGGGGGAGGGGCUUGAGCCGGGGGUGACCCAGGUCAACUGGAACCAAGUGGUACGACUGGUCCGGCCCGAUAUGAGCACCGCCCACAGAGAGCUGCUGUGGAGCGUCUCCGACAACCAGAACCAGGGCUUCAUCGGUAAGGUGGCGUUCGUCCAGCUGGCCGACCUCCUGAACAUCGAGGUCAUCACACUCAAGUCCAGACCGCACCCACUUUACCGUCUGUGCCCCACCCUCUACCUAUCAGGGCCCAGCCGCCUACUCUGCCGAUUGGUCCAACACAGGGCCUUUGUGGUCCUGUACGACCUCAUCAUCCUGGUGAACGCCGUCUUCAUCGGGCUGGACGAGGAGAAUCCGAUGAUCGCAAACUCCGAGUGGGUGUUCCUGGCUCUCUACCUGCUGGAGAUCCUCCUGAAGCUCUACGUGUUCGAGCCCAGGGCCUUCUUCUCCAGACACAACUUCUGGAACUGGUUCGACACCAUCAUCGUGGUGUCGGCUCUCAUCGCGACGGUCGUCAACUCGGCCAUGAAGUCAUCUGGAGGUUACACCAGCCGUCAGAUCCUGGACAUCGUCUUCGUCCUGCGGGUCCUCAGGCUGAUCCGGGUGGUGGACAGCAUCCAGAGGUUCCGUACGAUCAUCAACACGCUGAUCCGGAUCGGACCGGCCAUCCUCACCUUCGGACAACUCAUCCUCGUGGUGUACUACGUCUUCGCCAUGAUGGGGAUGGAGCUGUUCAAAGACAAAGUGAAGUUCUCCGAGGACCCGAACGACCCGGAGAAGUUCUACUGUGGAAACACUCGCCUGAGAGGAACGGCCUUCGCUCACCUCAACUACUGCAAGAACAACUUCAACAACGUGGUGUCGUCCUUCAUCCUGCUGGUGGAGCUGACUGUGGUCAACCAGUGGCACGUGCUCAGCAGCGGCUUCGCCCUCGUCACCCACGUGUCGGCCAGGAUCUUCUUCGUCCUCUUCCACAUCUUGGUCGUCAUCGUCAUCAUCAACAUCUUCGUGGCGUUUGUCCUCGAGGCGUUCUUCGUGGAAUACUCGUUGGAGAAGAGCGACCUGCACACGUCUCUGGAGAAGAAGAUCGCGGAGCUGGAGCUGGCUGUGGAGCAGGAGAAGCUGCAGGAAAACCUGGUGAACUCCAUGGAAACCAUCGACAACGACCUGGGAACCGGCCAAUCAGCAGCCUCCAACAAACCCACCCUGAUGUUUAAAAUCGCUUCAAAAAGAUACCGCACGGUGGACGCCCUGCUGCAGCGGAUGUUUGAGGCCGAUCUCGACCCGGAGGACUUCGCUGAGAACGACGACGCUCAGGACGACGGGAACUUUACGAACCCGUCAUUCAGCUCCGUGUAAACAUGUCAACAUGUAAACAAGUAAACAUGUAAACAUGUAAACAUGAAGGGAUCUGUAUAUUUUUAUAUUUCUGUCCUGUCGCUCUCUGUAGGGACACAAAUGAAAUCUGUAUUUUUCACAUAAAGACUAUUUACACUUAAA